GACGUCACAUGUCCAUCAGAGGGAUAGGAACUAGCAGCUGCCGAUCGGGUGCAGCAGCCGAUCGCGGUGAGGGAUAGACGGGGUGGUUGUAUACAUUCCGUGCAUACGCCGGCCCCAUCUGCUCGUGUCCGUGUGCUGGGUCCUGGCGGAGCGCUGCGGGGACAGAUUUGGUGUGUCGGUGCCGUGUCCGUGUCCGCGCACCUUUAGGUCAGGAGCAGAUAAAAGCGCAGGUGCCGAGGGGUCUGGAGUGUCGGUGGAUGUGUGUCCGGACCCCCGAGAGGAGUCGGGAGGACCCCCUCUGGGGGCGGCUGUUAAAGGCGAAAGAAGAAGAGAAGACGAGUGAGGGGACUGCGCCCAGACACACUUCAGCACCAAGACCUGAGGGCAGAGCCUGAACAUGUCGGCUGAAGGUCAAAGAGUAGAUGACAGCCCAAGUACAAGUGGAGGCAGCUCAGAUGGAGACCAGCGCGAUGGGAUUAACAAUGAACAAGAUCGAGAAAAAGUUCAACCUAAGAAGAAAGAGGGAAAGAUUUCCAGCAAAACUGCUGCCAAACUGUCCACUAGUGCCAAAAGAAUUCAGAAAGAGCUUGCAGAGAUAACACUGGAUCCUCCUCCUAAUUGCAGUGCUGGACCCAAAGGAGAUAACAUAUAUGAAUGGAGGUCAACCAUACUAGGGCCUCCUGGCUCAGUAUACGAAGGGGGUGUUUUCUUUCUUGAUAUCACAUUCUCACCUGACUACCCCUUUAAGCCACCAAAGGUGACCUUUCGGACACGGAUUUACCACUGUAACAUUAACAGCCAGGGGGUGAUCUGCCUCGAUAUCCUGAAAGAUAACUGGAGCCCAGCACUGACCAUUUCUAAAGUCCUCCUGUCCAUCUGCUCACUGCUCACAGACUGCAACCCUGCUGAUCCUCUUGUCGGAAGCAUUGCCACCCAGUACAUGACCAACAGAGGAGAGCAUGACAGAAUGGCCAGACAGUGGACCAAGAGAUAUGCCACAUAGGAAUCCAACACAGGGAGCCCGUGCAAGCACAUUCACUAAGUGCAUCAAUAGCUCCUUUCUUGAAUUUUUUAAUAUUAUUUCCAAACACUUUGUGACAAAAUAUUGUAUGUCUUUUUUUUUUUAUUAAAACUUUCUUAACUUGAAUUUCCCCGCAACAUUAUUGGGAAUUUUAGUUUCUGUGCAAGAAAUGUUGAAUAUGUGAUAGUAUAGAGCUUUGUUUGAAAGCCAUGUAUCAAUAUUUGUGUUUUUACUUUUUUUUAUAGUUUGAUUUUGAUUUUUUGGGGGGGGGGCAGUACAAUUUUAUUUUAAAUUGCCUCCUGUCUGCGUAGACAUAGUGCUAAAUAAUUUUUUUUUGUACUUAAAAGUCUUUCAUGGUGGGUGCAUGCUCCGGGGGACAAACUUUUAUAUAUAUAUAACAUUUGAAAUCAAGAAUCACUGUGCAUAACUAGACUGUGUUUACCCCCCACAGAGGACUUUCUGAAUGAACAAAAAGUGUAUUUUGAUCUAUUUAAAAUUGCUUGUAAAUUACUUUGGCAGGAUGCAGAGCAGUUGAUGUACACUUGUGUUAUAAAGCACUCAAUAAACAGAAACACUGCAGCUAAUAACAA